CUGAACAGCGAGGGCCGCGAGCUGCGACGGGCUCUCUUCUCCCUCAAGCAGAUCUUUCAGGAGGACAAGGAUCUGGUUCACGAGUUCGUGCAGAAUGACGGACUGGCGUGUCUCAUCAAGGUCGGCAGCGAGGCCGACCAGAAUUACCAAAAUUACAUACUACGCGCCCUCGGCCAGGUGAUGCUGUACGUCGACGGUAUGAACGGCGUGAUGGAGCACGGCCAGACGGUCCAGUGGUUGUACGCGCUGAUAGCCAGCCGAUUUAGGCUAGUCGUAAAGACGGCCCUCAAGCUGCUGCUGGUGUUCGUCGAGUACGUCGAGACCAACAGCCAGUUACUGGUGCGCGCCAUCCGGACGGUCGACGCCUCGCGAGCCGCCGUGCCGUGGACGAACGUGAUGAGGCUCCUCAAGGAUUACGACGCCGCCGACACGGAACUACUCAUCUACGCGACGAGUCUGAUCAACAAGUGUCUCAACGGCAUACCCGACCAGGACACCUACUACGACCAGGUCGACUGUCUCGAGGAGCAGGGCAUCGAGGCCAUAAUACAGCGAUACAUGGCCAAGCCCGGCACCGAUCUCGACCUCCUCCGCCAGUUUCAGAUCUACGAGGCGGUGCUCCAUCACGAGGAUGGCAACGACCGCGACUCGCCCAUCAGGCAGUUCGACGACAACAACCAAAAGCAGCUGCUGUCGCACUUUGGUAACACGCUGCGGAACCGAAAAUCCGUGGUGGACUCGCACGAACGGCGCAAGUCGAGGCGGCACUCGACGGGCACGUCGCCGCUAUCGGUGGGCUCGCCUGGUCCCCAUCAGAACAAGAGGAACGGCCUCGUGAUCAAAAAUGGCGUGAACAACGGUCUGAGCAACGGGAGCUCGGGCGCGUUGCCCGUCAGCAACGACGACGACAACGAGUCGAGCAGCUCCCAGAGCUCGCAGGGCCUUGGGGAUAUGAACGGCAGUUACAAGGAGUGCAACAACAAGGGCUCGCUAGACGCGGGAGUGACACCGGCCUUGAGACGUCGGCGCGAGAGGGCCGAGAGGCAGAGGAGCUUCAUAAGGGAACAGCAGGAGGCCACCGCCAACAUGAGGGCUUCCAUCGGCUACCCCGACGAAGAGAGUCAGUACACGAACGGGGUGCGGUAUACGAACGGCGUCUCGGCGUACAGCAACGAGGCUCGACAGACCAACGGGAGCGUGAACAACGGGUCGGUGGUGAGCAACGGCGACUCGAACAAGCUGUCGAGGGUGAGCUGCCGCAAGGACCUGACGCCCCUGAUGAACGCGGCCAACAAGCUCGACUCGGAGGAGAAGCAGCAGCAGGCCUGGUACGGCAAGAGCCCGGACGAGGGGGUCGAGUGCGACGAGGGCAACCACACAGACGAGGAAGAGGACAGCCGGGUCGUGCUGCGGCUCAAGCGAGAAAACACCGUCAAGGACCUCACGCAGAAGCUCACCGCCCAGAACCUCAUUCCUAGCAGUCCGGUCGAGGAGAAGGUCUCGAGGAUAGGGGACGUUAGUGGCUUGAUCUCAAAGGCCAAGGAGGGCCUGGCCAAGUCCAAGUCAAAGGCUGACGUGCAAAAGUCGCCGACGAACGACAGUGGGCUGCCAAAGACGCCCGAGGUGAAAAAGUCGGAGAACGAACUGCACUGGGAGGAGCUGGCCAACAAGCUCAAGAGGCCCCUGUGCCUCUGCGACUUGGACUUUACGGAUCUUAACUCGGACGACGAGAUCGAUGUCCUCGGCCCGGUCAACGUCUGGAACGGGGUGCCGCCGCCACCACCCCCCAUGGCACCGCCUCCGCCCAUGGCGCCCCCUCCGCCCAUGGUCCCCCCACCUCCACCGGGUGCGGGACCUGUUCGAGCACUGCACCCGUCAGCCCCGGGCUGCCGUGCGCCACUCCCUCUGUUCGGCAUCAAUCUCAAGUCGACUCCGUUGACGUCGUCCUUGAGAAGCGCCCCGACAGACAGCAACAACAUACCAAAGAGUCCACAUAUGCCUCCUCCGAUGCAGUCGACGUCGACGUCCAAGAAGAGCAAAAAGACGGUCAAGUUGUUCUGGAAGGAGGUCAGGGAAGACCCGAUCAUACUGUCGCGGCUCGACAGGAACAAGAUGAUCUGGGACGAGCUGGCGCCGAUUUCCGUGGACACGCAAAAGCUCGAGCACCUCUUCGAGAGCCGAGCCAAGGAUCUCAUCACCAAGGAGAAGCAACAAGAAAUGAACAAGAACAAGGAAAUCAUAGUACUCGACCACAAGCGAUCGAACGCCAUAAACAUCGGCAUGACGAAAUUACCGCCCCCCAGAUCCAUAAAGACCGCGAUCCUCAAAAUGGACGCCACCAUCAUGAACAGAGAGGGCAUAGAGAAAUUGUUGACGAUGUUACCAACCGAGGAGGAGAGGACGCGGAUACAAGAGGCCCAGGCCGCCAAUCCGGAUCUCCCUCUGGGAUCAGCCGAGCAGUUCCUCCUAACUUUGACAUCGAUUUCCGAGCUCCCGGCCAGAUUAAAGCUCUGGGCUUUCAAGCUCGACUUUGAAAAUUCGGAAAAGGAAAUUGCAGACCCUCUGAUGGACCUGAAGCAGGGCAUGGAGACCCUCCGAGUGAAUAAGACCUUCCGGGGUAUUCUGAGCACGCUCCUCUCCAUCGGGAUAUUUCUCAACGGAAAUGAGGUGAAAGGAUUCCAGCUGGAGUACCUGGCAAAAGUGCCCGAAGUCAAGGAUACCGUGCACAAACACUCGCUCCUGCACCAUCUCUGUCACAUGGUCAUGGAAAAGUUUCCCGACUCCACGGACUUGUACUCCGAGAUUGGAGCAGUAACUAGAGCGUCGAGAAUCGACUUCGACGAGCUAGCCUCGAAUAUCAGCAAACUCGAGAGCGAAUGCAAGGCGUCCUGGGACCACUUGAAGCUGAUUGCGAAGCACGACGGCUCGACGAUGAUGAAGGUCAAGAUGUCGGACUUUCUGUCCGACUGCGCCGAGCGGAUAAUCGUGCUGAGUAUCGUGCACCGGCGCAUCGUCAAUCGCUUCCACAAGUUCAUCCUGUGGCUGGGCGUGCCGCUCAACAGGGUCCAGGACACGAAGCCGAACGAGUUCUGCCGCAUCGUGUCGGAGUUUGCUCUCGAGUACAGGACGACGCGCGAGCGGGUGCUCCAGCAGCUCGAGAAGAAAGCCAAUCACCGCGAGAGGAACAAGACGCGGGGCAAGAUGAUCACGGAGGUCGGCAAAUUUAGGACGAAGGAGGAUCGGGCGGACGCGGAACUCAGGCAAUUACUGGGAAGCGAUAUCUCCGACGUCGAGAGCAUCCACGGCACGCUGCCGUGGAGGAGGCAGCGCAAAGACGGGCGAACGUCUUUGGGUCCGCUGUUGAGGGAUGAGAGGACGAACGGGAAUCUGACUGACGCCGACGACGAGCUGCUCGAGACGCUCGUCAAGACGGCCACGAAGACCCCGGCCACGCGCACCACGCCGAGGGAGAGGAAGCGCACGCGACACGCCGAUCGUAAGUCUUUGCGUAGAACACUGAAGAACGGACUCUCGGAAGAGGAGAAGAAACACAUCGCUGCCUACAUCAAGGGCUACUGACUGUGAUAAAAAAAAAAAAAAAAAAAAAAUAAAAAAAAAAAAAAAAAAAAAAAAAAAAAA